AUGUGGACUAUACCGGCUUCAGGGAGCUUACGUCUCUGCAAACGACCCUUGGUUUUCAGAGGGCUUGUCUUUAGGUCCUACACUACGAAAACCUCCGAUCCUCUCCGCAUUCUCUUUUGCGGCUCCGAUGACUUCAGCAUCGCCUCCCUGAACGCUCUCCGCGCCUAUCAAUUGAAGCAACCAGAACGGAUCUCCUCGAUCGAUGUGGUCUGUCGACCUGGGAAAAGGGUUGGGCGAGGUUUGAAGCAGGUUCGAGAAGUACCGAUCAAAGCCGCCGCAACUGCUCUUUCUCUUCCGGUUCAUGAGAUUGACACAUUUACUGGGUGGAAGCCGCCAACCUUCUCAGACGGACCUAUAAACUUGGUCAUUGCAGUCUCCUUCGGCCUUUUUGUUCCAUCCCGCAUAUUGAACAGUGCUAAGUAUGGAGGGCUGAAUGUACACCCAUCAUUACUACCAGACUUCCGUGGUCCCGCACCACUACACCAUACUCUCCUAUCUGGUCAGACCACCACCGGCGUGACACUUCAGACCUUGCACCUCAAGAACUUCGAUCACGGAGUAGUGCUAUCCCAAACACCGGCUCCUGGAUUUGACAUCCCCAACCCGGACUCUUGUACUGUCCCCGAGUUGUUAGGGCUCGUUGCGCCGAAAGGAGCGGAAUUACUUGUCAAUGGUAUCGAAAAGGGCUUAUAUGUACCCCCAGUCGUCGACGCUGGAUGGCGCGCCGCUGAAGCUACUGGCGAGUUGAUCCAUGCAACCAAAAUCACACCACAGGACCGGCGCAUUGACUGGGCGAACUGGACACUGGCGAAUAUCAACAGACGCAGCCGGAUAAUCGGGCCUCUUUGGAGCACAGCCCUCUCCGCAACUAACGCUGAAGGCUCGCCCCCAUCAUUCCAACAGAAACGAUUGAUCCUUACUGAUAUCGAAGAGGUCGACCCGCCUCAAGGAUGCAACUCAUUUUCGAUCAUGCCUGGUCUGCCAUUUACGAAUGCCCCUUAUCCAGUCCAACCAAAGAAAGGACGGGAGCUCUACGUUUUUACCAAAGAUGGAAAGUUGAUGCGCAUCAAUCACAUGAAAGUUGAAGGCGAGCAAGAUGCUGAGGGACUACGGGCUGCUAUUAAAGCUCGCAUGUUCGGCGAUCAAGCAUUCCACUACGACGGCGCGGAGUUUACUCCCUUCCGUAAUUCCCUUGUAUGA